AUGUCUCCUACUGUAAUUAUUACACAACCUGUCGCAACUGGCACUGGAGAGUCCGCUGCUGUCUGGGAUCCUAGAGAUCACAUCCCCGACGAAGUCAAUGAAUUGCUUAAUCUAAAACAACCAAACUACAUGCUAGCCUUCAUGAACGUUGUUCAUCAACUGAAGAUCCAGAAGAGAACUGGCUGGUUGGACUAUGGGAUGACGGAGUGUGAAAGUAUUGCUGAUCACAUGUACCGUAUGAGUAUCCUAUCGAUGUUGAUCACCAACCCCAAAGUUAACAGGGACAAAUGUGUCAGAAUUGCACUGGUCCAUGACAUGGCCGAGGCCCUAGUUGGUGAUAUCACACCAGUGAACCCAAUUGGUAAAGACGAAAAACAUAGACGUGAGUUAGAGACCAUGAAAUAUGUAUGUAAGGAGAUAGUGGAACCGAUGAGUCCUGAGGGUGCAAAGGAGAUCCUUGAGGAUUUUAUUAGUUAUGAUACGAUCGGAUCCCUGGAGGCCCGUUAUGUUAAGGACAUUGAUAAGUACGAAUUGUUGGUACAAUGUUUCGAGUAUGAAAAGAUGCAUAAGGGUAAAUUAAAUUUCCAAGAAUUUUUUAUUGCCAGAGAAUUGAUCCAAACUGAAGAGGUGAGUAAAUGGGCCGACGAUUUAAUUACCUUGCGUAAACAAUUUUUCGAUUCUUUACCAAAGAUAUAG